AUGAAUGAGAAGGUCAAAGAGGAAAAGGAAAGGGCCCGAACCGGUCGUCGUCGCGAACCUGAGAGAGCCCGAGGUGCUCGCGAAGUUGCAGAGGAGCGUGAAAAGGAAAAGACAAGGAUCCAGGCUGCCUACAACACAUAUAAAGAAGACCUCCAGGCAAAAAUGGCACGCACCUUCGUCUCUGAACAUAAGAAAGAGCAAUGGUUCAGGGAAAAAUACGUCCCGGAAGUGAGGGACGCUUUCCGGUCCAAGCUCAAUGAAGUUAGGCGCAGCGCUUACCAUCAAUGGGAACAAGAUCUGGAGUCGGGUACUUUUGACGAAUUCUCCCUCGAGGGCAUUCCGAAGGCCGAUAGUAAUGGAGCUGGCGGUGUUGCUGAGAAGGAGGAAGGUGAAACAACGGCCGCGAGCGAGAUUCUCGGAGUUGGUGAUCUCAAUCCUGGCAUUGGCGCUGACAUUCGAGACGAGAAUCAGUUUCAGCCAACUCUCUUGAUCAAAACCAUUGCCCCUCAUGUCAGCCGAGAAAACCUGGAAUCUUUCUGCAAGGAGCAUCUUGGGGAAGAAGAGGGUGGCUUCAAGUGGCUUUCUCUAUCUGAUCCCAAUCCCAGCAAGCGAUACCAUCGCAUCGGUUGGGUAAUGCUCCACCCUGCCUCCGAGACUGCGAUGGCCAUAGAUAGGCCCGACCCCAAGGAUGUUGACGGCGACGAGCCACUUAGUUCGCCCAAGCCGGUCUCGACCGCUGAAAAGGCUCUGGAGGCUGUGAAUGGCAAGACAGUCAAGGACGAGGUUCGAGGUGACUUUGUCUGCCAUGUUGGUGUUCACACUCCCCCAACUAGUCCUCGAAAGAAAGCUCUCUGGGACUUAUUCUCUGCACCUGAAAGGGUGGAGAGAGACCAUGAGCUCGUACAGCGCUUGGUAAACUACUUUGAAGAAACCUUCGGCUCUGAUUUUCAGGCGAUCCUGAGAGUAGAGGAAAAGGUAGAGAAUUUGAGAAGUGCAGGUCGCCUUCAGCCCCCGGCUCCUACGAUCACAGCCUCCAAGUCGACCAAGACUCGUGUGCCUGACAACGAUGAAGAUAUGGACGCUGAAGUUGGCACUGUGGAAGAGGACGAAGAGGAAGGCGCAAUUGAAGAUGAAGAGGUAGACGAUGAGGCUCUUCUCGUGAAGAAGAAAGAGCUCGACCUUUUGAUCGAGUAUCUGCGACGAGUAUUCAACUUCUGCUUCUUUUGCGUGUUCGAAAGUGACUCGGUUCAUGAGCUCACUCGAAAGUGUCCCGGUGGUCAUCUCCGUCGUCCUCGCUCCACUCUAUCAUCUGCUGCUCGAGCCGUAGCAAGAGCUAGCGCCAGCGGAGAACCUUUCCCUGAAAAGAAGAAAGGCGAUAGCAUGGAGGAAGGUGAAGAUGGAGAGGUGGCAGACCUUGAGAAUAAGAAGUUUCGGGGUUCUGCCAAUAAAGGCGAACAGCAAUUGCUCCGAGCCUUCAACUGGGUUAAGACUUUUGAAGACAAGCUUAUGCAGAUUCUUGACCCACAGGCUGUUGAUAUUCGAAAGCUUGGCGGCCGCUCCAUCGAAGAGGCUAUUGAUGAAGAGCUAUUGAAACAUGUCAAGCAAGAGGACGAACACAAAUGGAGAUGUAAGGUUCCUGAGUGUACGAAACUCUUCAAGGAGGAGCACUUCUGGAAGAAGCAUGUGGAGAAGAGGCAUUCAGACUGGCUCGAGGGCCUCAAUCAGGAAGUAAGUGCAAUGAUAUGCAAAGCCAGCUUGCAGCGUUUUAGUCACUAACUUUGGUGUAGUUCGAGCUUAUUAAUGCGUACAUUUUGGAUCCGGCACAUAUUGCUCCAUCCAGGACAGACGCGAACUCCAAUGGCCACUUCCCUCAGCCGAAUGGACAAACCGCCCCUGGCACUCCAAGAGGAUUCAACCUCCAAAACUUCUCAAUGAAUGGCAUGAUGGUCCCAGGCUUUAACAUGGCAGGCGGUAACUUCCCUCCUUUGUUUUCUGGGAUGCAGGCUGGGUGGAACGCCAUGGGAGAUGACCGUUCAGGAGGACCCAUCCGCAGGGGUGGUAUGGGUGGUAACCGCGGCCAGUUCCGAUCUGGACCCUACGACCGCCGUGGUGGAAGAUAUGACGGUGGUAGGAAUCGCACGGGCGGGUCACGCUGGGGUGAUGGCGCCGGUGCAGCAGCAGGUGGGCCAAGAGAGGCUGUUCAAGGUCGGAGCUUGAAAAGCUACGAGGACCUUGAUCAUGUCGCUGGUGGGGGCAGCGGUGAACUGAAUUAUUAA